AUGUUCUCCCUGCUAACCCCCAACAAACGCAGAAAGUCUAAUCCGACUCGACAAGGGAAAGCCCGUCGAGGUGCUACCUCCAACGACGAUGUUGUCGACAUGGAGCUUUCGGAUGACGAGCACCUAGGAGCUGAUGCAUCAGCAGGCGUUGGUCUCUCUGAUCAUAAAAUGACACAAGAGGGCCGUCGUCGUCUCCUUGACUUGGUCAACAGGUUACAUAGCACAGGCGUUCAAAUCGACAUAGACCUUCCACAGAUUGCUGUCAUCGGUUCCCAGAGCACUGGCAAAUCCUCUCUCAUCGAGAGCAUCUCUGGUAUCACUUUGCCUCGUUCUGCUGGGACAUGUACUCGAUGCCCAACGGAAUGUCGUUUGUCCAAGAGCACCUCCCCUUGGCAGUGUACCGUCUCCCUGCGUUUCACCACCGACGACUCCGGACAGAAUCUGGGACAGGCCAGAAACGAAGUAUUCGGCAAUAUCAUCCACAACAAGAGUGAAGUUGAGGAACGCAUUCGUCGGGCACAGAGAGCCAUCCUCAACCCAGAUCGAUCGCUUGAGGACAUCUUACAAGAGGACGUCAACGCCACAUACGAGAACCAGCUCAGCUUUUCGAUGAAUUGCGUCAGCCUUCAGAUCAGCGGCCCGGAUGUCGCCGAUUUGUCUUUCUGCGACUUGCCCGGCUUGAUUGCCAGUGUGAGCUCCAAGAGCAGAGGCGGCGAAGAUGACAUUGCUUUGGUGGAGAGACUCGUCACCAGUUAUAUUAAAAAACCUAGCUGCAUCAUCCUCUUGACGGUUUCCUGUGAAACUGACUUCGAGAACCAAGGUGUUCAUCACCUCGCAAAACAAUUUGAUACGGAAGGGAGGCGUACAAUUGGUGUCUUGACAAAGCCUGAUCGCAUUCCGACUGGUGAAGAGGACCAGUGGCUGCCCUUCAUCCAGAACGAAAAGGAACCGCUCGUCAACAAUUGGUUUUGCGUCAAGCAGCCAAGUUCCAACGAUCUCAAAAACUCGAUGACCUGGUCGCAAGCCAGACAGCGCGAAGAGGAAAUUUUCAAAAACACUGCACCGUGGUCUUCCCUGGAUUCUGAAUACCAGAAAUACCUUGGGACGAUAAACUUGGUUCAGAGGCUCAGUUUAGUUCUAUCGGAUCUCAGUGCAUUGAGGCUUCCGCAAAUUCGACACGAGCUUCAGCGUGCCAUCGCUAACACCAAGAAAGCCCUCAAAGCCCUUCCUCGCGAGCCACCUUCCAACCCUCAAGCCGAGAUCAUCUCUCUCAUCACCGACUUCACCAACGACCUCAACCGACAUGUCGAAGGUGUGCCCGACGUCGACGGGCUUAUCCAGGCCAUCCGUCGCGAGCACGAGGUGUUCAGGAAGGCGAUUAGGCGGACGGCACCAAAGUUCCGCCCAUUCGAGAAGAAGUACGAGGGCAUGAGACACCUACAUAGGGCGAUGUUCCUGGUCGAGGAGGGCGGGUCAUGGGAAGGCGAGGAUAGUGAGGAUGAGCUGGAGCUUGAGAGAGUUGUUCAGUGUGCACCGGUGACUCCCCAUCGCCAGCCUUCCGGUCAAAGGACCUUGCGGCAUGAACCUCAAUCAGGCCGCCUGCAAGAUACUCAUGACCCCUUUGACUCUGGUGGCAGCAGGCGCAGAGAUAGUGCCCAAGGUGGAGAGCAACACUUGCAGCCCGAGACAAGCCGAGGAACCAAGCGCAAGAAUCCUCCGACGAACAAAAUUUACAUUGAUGAGGUGUUGGAGAGGGCACACCACGCUCGAACCCGCGAGCUGAAAUUAUCCGUUCAUUGUCCAGAAGACGUUCAUUCAGGCAUCGCACAACGAGUUGGCCAACUUGUGAAGGAGUAUUUUGCAAACUUCGGACAAGGCGAACUCGAGCAGCAAAUUAGCUCCCUGAUGGAGUGCCGAGUAGAAGAAUGCCGCAACGGCGCCAAACACUCCAUCUUUGGACAACUGGCGAUCGAGGAGCAGCCUUUUACUGUCGACACACGUUACCUUUCCUCCUAUCGGAAGAAGUUCCUGGACCACUACACUGGCGAGAGGCAGCGAUAUGACCAAACUGGGUUGAUAGCCGCCAUUGCUGAGGCUAUCCGCGUCGAAGGGCACAAUUCGCUGGGUGGCUCGCCGCAACGUGGUGUGUCAAAGAUCAUGGCAGGGCUUUCCGAGCUUGGGGUAUCGGGACUGGAUGUCGAAGCGUUGCGCAACCUGCUGCCAGCAGAUGAGAUGGAGCCUGCGUUGGGGAUUAUGGCAGGCGUCAGGAGUUACUUCCAAGUCGCACACAGACGAUUCACGGAUAACAUUCCUGGCCAGAUCGACCGAGAUCUUGUGCGUGGUGUUGCGAGAGACCUGCAACGCAAGUUGAAUGAGCAGCUGGGAAUUAAUGGCGCCAAUGGCUACCUAAUUUGCCAGCGGCUCGCACAAGAAAGCUCUCAGAUUGCAGAUCGUAGAGCCGAGUUGAAGAGGAAGCUCGAGCGACUGAAUGUGGCGUACAGGGAAUUGAUGAGCAUGGCUGCUUAG